CAUGAGCUAGGGAACAGUGAGCAGCCAGAGAAGCGUCCAGCCUGCCGAACAAGGCUGAGUUUAGGGUCAGGAACCGGUCUGACAAGAGAAUGGCAAUCCUGCCUGUAAACUGUCAAUAGGACUUAACAGUUAAGGAUGAACCUACCAGAACACUGGAUCCAAAGGCGACACACCGAACAAGAGAAUGUCAAGACAUAUUUCAGGAUACUGUGAGUGUUACUAAAGAUGUCCGAUAGUGUCGAUAUUGAAGAGAAACCGCCAGCCCCUCCCUUGAGAAUGAACAGUAGUUCCCGAGACUCUUCAUCAGUGAAUCACGGCUCCAAACCUCUCCCAAUGGCUCCUGAAGAGAAGAACAAGAAGGUUCGCCUGCGCUCCAUCUUCCCUGGGGGAGACAAGACAAACAAGAAGAAGGAGAAGGAGCGUCCUGAGAUCUCCCUGCCCUCAGACUUUGAGCACACCAUCCAUGUUGGUUUUGACGCUGUUACAGGGGAGUUCACUGGCAUCCCAGAGCAGUGGGCGCGCCUCCUUCAGACCUCCAACAUCACCAAGCUGGAGCAGAAGAAGAACCCUCAGGCCGUGCUGGACGUGCUCAAGUUCUACGACUCCAAAGAGACGGUCAACAACCAGAAAUACAUGAGUUUCACCUCCGGAGACAAAUCCGCACAUGGAUACAUAGCAGUCAACACUCUGGGUGCAAAGACAUCCACAGAGCCCCCGAUAGCGCCCCCUGUGUCAGAGGAGGAGGAGGAGGAGGAGGAAGAAGAGGAGGAGGAUGACGAUGAUGACAAUGAGCCCGUUCCGCCCACUAAAUCUAUAUACACCCGCUCUGUCAUCGAGCCCUUGGCGCCUCCCGCCCCUGUGAAGGAGGUCACAACCCCGCCGGAGUCCCAGGUCUUGCCAGAGAACACAUGCAGCACUCUGUACCGCAACACCGACCGGCAGAAGAAGAAGUCCAAGAUGACAGAUGAGGAGAUUCUGGAGCGACUGAGGAGCAUUGUGAGUGUGGGGGACCCCAAAAAGAAGUACACACGCUUUGAGAAAAUAGGACAAGGGGCAUCUGGCACUGUAUACACAGCCAUUGACAUUGCUACUGGCCAGGAGGUGGCCAUCAAGCAGAUGAACCUCCAGCAGCAGCCCAAGAAGGAGCUCAUCAUCAAUGAGAUCCUGGUGAUGAGGGAAAACAAAAACCCCAACAUAGUCAACUACCUGGACAGUUACCUGGUAGGGGAUGAGCUGUGGGUAGUGAUGGAGUACCUGGCUGGAGGCUCGCUGACUGAUGUCGUGACUGAGACCUGCAUGGACGAGGGCCAGAUCGCUGCAGUCUGCAGAGAGUGUCUGCAGGCUCUGGACUUUCUGCACUCCAACCAGGUGAUCCACAGAGACAUCAAGAGUGACAACAUCCUGCUGGGCAUGGACGGCUCGGUCAAGCUCACCGACUUCGGGUUCUGUGCCCAGAUCACCCCAGAGCAGAACAAGCGCAGCACCAUGGUGGGCACGCCCUACUGGAUGGCACCCGAGGUGGUGACCCGCAAGGCCUACGGGCCCAAGGUGGACAUCUGGUCCCUGGGUAUCAUGGCCAUAGAGAUGGUGGAGGGUGAACCUCCCUACCUGAAUGAGAACCCUCUCAGAGCGCUGUACCUUAUCGCCACCAACGGGACACCAGAGCUCCAGAACCCUGAGCGAUUGACCUCCGUGUUCAGAGACUUCCUCAACCGUUGCCUGGAGAUGGACGUGGACCGCAGAGGCUCAGCCAAGGAGCUCCUCCAGCAUUCGUUCCUGAAGUUAGCCAAGCCUCUGUCCAGCCUGAGCCCCCUCAUUGUUGCAGCCAAGGAAGCCAUCAAGAACAGCAGCCGCUAGGAGGCACUGUGUGUCCACACACAGAGCUGGACCCUGCUCCAUGGGGUUGUGAGACAGGCAGCACAGGGAUAAACAGUAACCAACCCCCCUGCUGCCUCAUACAGAGGAUGGACAGCUGGCCUACAGGGCCUCUCAGCGGCCGAGAUGCUGCUACUGAAUCACCUUCCUGCCUCCUCUUUUAGUCCGCCAGCAUUCUGUACAUGUGGAGCAGUCCAUCGGUACUGUGUAAGUGUGUGUGUGUGUGUGUGUAAGUGUGUGUGUAAGUGUGUGUGUGUGUGUAAGCUUGUGUGUGUAAGGGUGUGUGUGUGUAAGUGUGUGUGUCCUGUGAGGGGAGUAGAUGCUCCUUAACAAAAACACACAAAAAAAGAGAAAAUACAAAGAAAAAACUUGUGCUCCUUUUCAAGAGGGAGAGAUCCAGGAAACACUGAGAGCUUGUGAUUCCUUCCCUUUCCUUCCCUUUCUGUCCAGCGAUCACCUCGGUUCCCUUUUCUUCUAGGUCUUUCCGAUAAGGCCUCUCCUGCAUUGAACAUUUUACAUGAGAGACAGACUCUGGGACUCGGGAACCGACAUAUGCCUGCAUGACUUUGGCUCUGUGUAACCAACUUGCAACCUGCUCAUCCUCUGCAGGUGUGUGUGUGUGUGUGUGUGUGUGUGUGUGUGUGUGUGUGUGUGUGUGUGUGUGUGUGUGUGUGUGUGUGUGUGUGUGUGUGUGUGUGUGUGUGUGUGUGUGUGUGUGUGUGUGUGUGUGUGUGUGUGUGUGUGUGUGUGUGUGUGUUUUUUGCAAGCCAUUUGGCUCACUCCAGGACAUAGCUGUAAUUCCUUGGAUACCCUAAACUUCCUAGAUGUUCAGAGAUCUGACAUAGAGAAUGGCUGGGCCAAGGCUGUAGUGGAGGCUGAUUCAAUCACCACUGCCUCUCGGAUGGGCCACUGUGUGUUCACGUUUCCAAAGUCAAAAGCUUUGAAAACAUUUUCCAAUUCUUCAAGUUCAAGUAUGAAACCCAUGUUAUGGACUUACUACCUGUAGUUAGUUCAAAUCGAUUUAGUAAAUUAAUUUAUUUGUAAUUGUUUGUCCAGAGUCAAUUUCCAAUCAGAACGUCUGAGACGCGUGGUCCGUUAGAAAGAUUCUGAAGGUGUCACAAUCUAUUGCAGGACACUAGACUGGACAGACUAGACUGGACAGGACAGACUAGACUGGACAGACUAGACAGGACAGGACAGACUAGACUGGACAGACUAGACAGGACAGACUAGACUGGACAGACUAGACAGGACAGGACAGACUAGACUGGACAGACUAAACAGGACAGACUAGACAGGACAGACUAGACUGGACAGACUAGACUGUAUUAGUGUCUAUGUGGGCAUAGCCUGCCAACAAAAAUGAGCUUGAAAAUAUUUUUCAGUUUGCCAAUGUUACCAUUUGUUUCACAUCAGUGAGCCUUACUUUUGCUUUAACCUCUGAUCUGUGAAUUUACCUAAAUGUAUCUGAAGCAGAAGCCAUUUGUUCAAAUGAGCACAAUCCCUGAGUGAGUGCACAUGUUCAUCUGUCUGUCUGUCUGUCUGUCUGUCUGUCUGUCUGUCUGUCUGUCUGUCUGUCUGUCUGUCUGUGUCUCUCUGUCUGUCUGUCUGUCUGUCUGUCUGUCUGUCUGUCUCUCUGUCUCUCUGUUUGUCUGUCGGUCUCUCUCUCUCUCUCUCUCUCUCUCUCUCUCUCUCUCUCUCUCUCUGUCUCUCUCUCUGUCUGUCUGUUUGUCGGUCUCUCUCUCUCUCUCUCUGUCUUUGUCCAUCCAUGAGGAGUGUAUAUAUAGUUUUUUAAUGGGAUGCCGUUCUUUAGCUUCCUCAGCGUGAGUUAAGACUCAUUACUCCAGUGUCUUGUCGCAGCUAAACUUUCCUAAGUACUGUGUGAGUUUAGUUGUAUCUGUUUCUAUGCGUUUCCGUGAGUUUUUGCUGUGUGGCCACAGAUUGGUGGGUGUUAGUUAAUAAUUUGUCCAUGAAAAUGUUUUUGGAUUGAUGACUGAGUGCCAUUCUAUAAUUGUAACCUGUCUUUACGGACCCUUGAAAACAAGAGGAUCACAUUCCCCUUCACUCUGCCAUUCCUACCAUCCCAUAGCAGAGGCUACUGGACAAGUACUCUGAAAAGCUCUCUCCCUACAUAAAUAUAGACUGUUUCUUGAUUCUUAAAAGCUUACUUAUAACCAUCCCUGUGACAUUUUCUGCCUGUUUCAUAGUAGCCACAGUUUCCCUUAGGACUGUAAUGAAGUCCAGACCUGGGACAGAGAGAGUAGGAAACAGGAUAGACACUUGUCCUCGUGUUGUGUCUAUAUCCCUGGUAGAUUUUUUGUGUGUGUGUGUGUGUGUGUGUGUGUGUGCGUGUGUGUGUGUGUGUGUGUGGAUGAAUGGGAGUGUGUGGAUGAAUGGGAGUGUAAGCAUGAGUGGCUGUGUGUACACGUGUGUGUGUGUGUGAGCACGUGUGUGUGUUUGUAAGCGAGAGAGCUACCUCAGCACUAGAUGCCCCUCCUGUUGUCCACCUUAACUCAGACGGUGAGGUGCAGGGUAGCUGCUCACUCGUACCACCACUGUAGGCUAUACGUACUGUAGAAAUGCAGGAGAGCCAUUGCAAGGAGGACAUGGCCGAUUUCAUGCAUGGGAAGCAACACAUGUUAAUUCAUUUUCCAAGUAGGCUAACAUUGUUAGAAUAUGUGUGUAUGUAUGUAAAUAAGAUGGAAAAAAAUGCAAUGACAAUAUUCAGGUUGCUCUAUAGUAGGCCUAUGUAUUUGUAAAUGGUUUGCACCCUGGAAAUUGGACAUGAUAAUAAACAUUGUCUAAACACUCCUGGAUGGAACAAUCCUGCUUGGGCUGUGUCAGACAGUACUCCACCUGGACACAGAGCCAUUGGAAGCAGUCCUGUCUGUCUCCAGCACGCCCAUGGAGCCUGUCUGUCUGUCCGGAGCACGGCUGCUGAGUGUGCCUGUGGCUGAGAGUAUCAGGGACCUCACAGAGACGAUCUGCCCUGUGACCUUUGGUCUCACCUAUGUACCUGAACUAUGAGCACAAAGAUGAACUCUGGGACAGCUAGCGGCCCCCCGGCCUGCCCCACCCCGCCCCGCCCCGCCGGUCCGCUCCUCUUCUGCGGUCGCUCCUGUACAUUCCUCUCUUUUGAAUGUGUGAACCUGUACACGUGGUGUGAAAAUUCCUCUAUAAAUGUGUAUCAAGAGAAUGGAACAAAGACAAAAAAGCAUUUCUUUUUAAAUGAUUCCUAUUAUUAUUCUACUAUUAUUAUCAUGUGGGUGUGUUAACCGCUGAUCUGUCUGGUAAACCUCAGCAGGCCCUCAUCUUUGGAAACAGACAGGUGAGAAAAAGCGACAGGGGAAAACUAAGGUUUCGGAUAAGCUAUUUUUAAUUGUGGUUAAAGCUAAAGACUUUUUUAAAUUAUGAAUUGUGCAUGGCUGUGUCUUGAGUGUAAAACAACAAAAUACUGCAGUUUGGGAACUGGACUGAAAUCAAAUAAAAAAAUUAAAACAUCA